AUGGCUGGAGCAAACGACCAUCAGUAUUCUUCUUCUACUAUUGAUUCUACGGUUUCAGUCUCUGCUCCUAAAUUGGAGCAUACUAUAUCGAUGUCCUCAUCUUCUUCUUCUUCUUCUACUCCAUCCUCAAUGGGGCUUAGGCCGAUUAAGAGUCAGUAUAACCAAAAUCAUCAUCAUCAGCAGUACCUUUCUAGGCGAUUGGGUCCGAAUCAAAGGGGUAAUAGUUUCAAUUCAAAGGGAGGAAAAAGAGAUGGGUUGACAAAUCAGCAACGUGGAUUCCGCCAUUGGAAUGCUGGGUUCAAUUACAAUGCCAAUGCUAGAAUGGUGAAUUCGCAACGGCAUAACCACCAUGGAUUUGUUAAUGGAUUUGGAUUUCUUGGGCCGCCACCGCUCCCAUACGCAUUUACUCAUUCGACUACAAUGGUUAACCCUCCAUACGUUAAUAUUAAUGUAAACACUCCAAUGGUUAAUUCUCCAUACGUCAAUAAUAAUGUAAAUACUCCAAUGGUUAAUCCUCCAUACGUAAAUAUUUAUGUAAAUCAUCCACCUCCUACUCCAGUUCCGAUUCCAGGCUAUAUGCUCCCCUUUGGGUAUUACGGCAAUGCAUACUUUUCAGAGGCAUCAAAUCCAUCGUAUUGUCCUCCUCUGCCUCCAGUGCUGUCUCCAGUACAGUCCCCGCCAUCUUAUAUGGACGCAAUGAGUGGAGCACUAACAUACAAUCAGCCUAUUUUGCCAAACUCAGAAGCACUGCACGACAGAAUACUCCGUCAAAUUGAGUAUUACUUCAGCAAUGAGAACUUGGUUAAGGAUGGUUACCUGAAGAGUUUGAUGGAUGAUGAAGGCUGGGUUCCUGUUCGUCUUAUUGCAGGAUUUAGAAAGGUUAAAGCCAUGACAAGUGAUAUCAACCUGAUAUUGAGAGCAUUGCAGCCCUCUGCUGUUGUAGAAGUACAAGGUAAUAAGAUGCGUAAAUAUGGAGACUGGAUGAACUGGGUACAAAAUCGCUUCACGGAUGCUCGAUCUAGCUUUGUCACUGACAUUUCAACAGGCAUUCAAAACAUUCAUCUGAGAGAAAAAGCUGGAGCUGAUGCACUCAUAGCUGAUGAUUCGAACUGUCUCCAUGCACAAAUGAAGGGAUCUGGUGCAAGUUAGUGACCACGGUGGUUGAUUGAAAAAACGAAAGAAAGAAAGAAUGAGAUGAGUUAAAAAAAAAAAAGAUGGAAAUUUAAAUAGGAGGAAAAAGAAAAAAGGAAAAGGAGAAAACAAACUGACUUCUGAAACCUGGAGCUGUUCUAAGCACAUUAGCAUGUUCAGCCCAGUACUGAAAGAUUUCAUUCUGUAUGUGCGAAGAGGUUACAUAUGGAUGGUAGAGGUUCCAAGUGAAAGCCCCAAUCCUUUUAACCUACAGAGAAGGCAGUUGUUGUUGAUGUCCAUAGCUGUGUACAGAAGUAUGUGUUCAAUGACCCUUCAUUUAUAACUCUUCUUUGGGCUAGCCUGGUUUGGAGCCCCAUCUUAUGUUACAAAUGAUAUUGGAACCAAUUUUGAGUGUAUCUAUCUGGCCAUAUGAAGAGGAAGGCUCAUUCUAAUCCGGGAUUCUUUUAUUAGUAUGGUCAAGAAUGUGCAGACCA